AUGCCUGGCAGCCCGAACAACAAACGGUUAAAAGUUUCAUUCGCCAAGACAAGUGCGUACACUGCCUCUUUGUCACCUCUAACAACUCUUUUGACAUUUUUGAAUGAUAGAGAAUUAUAUGAACUUGUCGGGUCCGUGGGUCAAGCGGACCUACGAAGAACUAUUACACCACACCCAAACCUUUCACCCCCGCAACCGACGGAUCAUCGUCAUCCACGACUCGAUAGACCAAGCACCUCUCAAAAUAUCCCCGCGCUUUGGAGGCAAGGGCCUCUGGAGCAGUUUGUAAUGGAGAGGUUGUCGGAUGAGGAGCUCGAGUAUUGGAGUCCGGGAGGAGAGGGUAUCGAAAAAGUGUGGGAGGCCGUCGUCAAGAUCAUCGAGGACGAGUGCGUCAUGCGUUCACCUAUAUCUACUUUUAUUGACCUAGUUUCUCCAUUUCCUCAUAACCACCCCGCCUUUUUGGCAGAACAGAAUAGCAGUCGGAAAAGAAGA